AUGUGGAGAGUAUCUGGUUGGACAGGAGUCGAGGCUCGUCCUCCUGCCUCUAUUGUAGAAAUCGGAAUUAUGCUGGAGCAAUUUCGCUCAAAACACGAGGAGAUUGCAAAUCUGGAGCAACUGAUUAUCGAAGAUCUAAAGACUGAAGAGACGUGCCCGAUGAGGCAAUUGUUGCAAGGCCACCGUCUCCAAAGCAUGGCGAAUUCUAUCAUUCUUAAGUCUAAGAAGCUUGUUGAAACCUAUGAGAAGAUUGUGUCGAUUAAAGAUGUUGCUGCUCAGAUUUCAUCAAGCAUAAGCGUGUCUAGUGCCUUUUCCUUGUGUUUAGCAGAGCUACUUGAAUAUCAUCGAAAGCAUCCUUGUGCACCUCUCCUAGACAAUGAAGCAGUCCUCAAGGAAGAUCCAGUCAUUGCCUUCACCGGAGAGGAGUGCUUUGGUCGGUACUUGGACUUGCAUGAUCUGCAUAACCAAUACAUCAACUCUAGUUUUGGGGAAAGAGUUGACUACUCUGCUUACCUUGAUGUUUUCUCUCAACCAGAGAAAAUAUCUCCUGAGCUUAAGAUGUCUAGUCAAUACACAGAGUAUAUGGAAGCUCUGCUAGGGUAUUUAAUCGACUUUUUCCAGCGAACCCGGCCGCUGCAUGAUCUAAACGGAAAACUUUCCAAGGUUGAAGCCGAUUUAGAAGAGCAGUACGGAGACGGGAAAGUGAAAGGCUUGGCGAUACAUGGCCAAGAAAAUGAGCUGAUUCCAUCUCAACAUGCUGUUACGGAUCGUGUUUACGUUGAGGAACUGAUAGAUUUGGAGCCUGAAAACCUAACGGAGGCGUUGGCGGCAUUAGGACUGAACACUGGGGGUACUCAGCAGAAGCGUGCCGCGAGACUUUUCCUGACAAAGCAUGCACGUUUGGAUAGGAAACAAUUACUAAUGGAGGCCAAAGUGAAGAAACUCUGCAGUCUACUUGAUGAGACAAUCGCAAGGACAAAACAAAACAGAGGAAAAAAUGAGGCUUUGGCACUUGAAGAGCUGGAGGGUGAGCAAGGUCAUACAGAGUCAGAGAGUGGCGACGGUUACAAGAGUGCGCUGAAACGCUCAACGGGUUGGGAUGGGAUGCCUAUACCAUACUGGCUCGACAAAGUUGGCCUUGGCCAGGAGUAUAAAUGCGCGCUAUGUAGGGGAUAUCCCUGUCCGGGGAAAAGGGCUUUUGAGAGACAUAUUAGCGAAAGGCUUCACCAAGGUCGCUUAAAGGCCGGCUGGAAUCUCGGACCACUUGGUACUUGCUCGCAAUCAACGGGAACUGAAGGGAAUAGUUCAAAUGAAGCUCCGGCGGGUGUAGCAGUUCCACCUCCAGAGAUCAGAAUAGUGCUGGAAGAAGCCGCGGGUAUCAUUUCAAAAACAAGGUUGGAGAUUGAGAGGAAGAUCACAGACACGUAUAGCAAGGUAGCAGGAUUCGAGUUUUUGAAAAGCUCUGACGAAUAUCACCCAUUUUACAAGAUCCGUCUUGCUACAUACCGAGCUCGUGCCUCGGAUGGUGCGGGGGCAGCUAAACGUGACUACGUGCAGGUUUCCGAGUUCAAGAGGGCUCCUCCUGCGCCUCGCAAGUUUACAUGCGGAGGAGUCCCUGAAGGGAUCACGGGCAGGGAGCUUGAUAUCAUUAAGCUCGCUGCGCAGUUUUGGGCGCUGUAUGGUGGGACACGUUUCUGGAAGGCUUGUAGUGAAAGAAAAAACAAGGAUCCUCAGUUUGAGUUUAUGAUGAAGCCAGGUGAUGGCAGGUUCGAUCUUUUUGGUCGACUUGUUAUAGAGUAUUUGGAAGUAGUAUCAUAUAGUUAUUCGAAAAGAAAGCUGAGAAAGAAUCUCACUGCUGAUAUGGAGACGGUUCUUGAGAAUUGUUUCAAUCAUCUUCAGUGGGAUCGAUACUCGUAUGAAGCAAUGGUGGAGGAGGAGAGAGCAAUGGAGGAGGAGGAGAGAGCAAGGGAAAGGGACCGCAGUAGAACUUCAUUGAUAUCACUAGUAGUGCAAGCACACCUGUGUCGGAUGGCGCACAUUGCUUUUGACCCACCACCAAAACCAGACCUAAAGAGACCAAAGAUUGACGAGUCAGACCUUGUUCCAGAAGACCUGUUCCUUGCUCAAAAUCGUCAGGGCUGUGCAAAAUGA